CUCCUUUCAUUGUAACUUACGGUAGAAAUCCCUAAUAUCAUCUACACACAAUCAGUCCCCGUUUCAUCCACCUUCCGUCUCUCUCUACUUGCUCUUUUCAAUCUCCGGCAGGCCUCAGUUACCACCACCUUUCUGACGUUGUCACUACAACCUAGAAGUCGGUCACCGAACACCCAAAUGUUCUUCCCUCUCAACUGGAUGAUCAACGCCUUUGAAGUCCACAUUUGUCGCCACCGCCAUUCGCCACCCCAUAUGUCACCCCGCUUCAACCUUUUUGUCGAAAAGAGAAACCCUAACCCUAUCCCGUCACCAUCAAUGCCAACGUCACACACCCCUAACCCUAGGUUUCCUCCACUAUCUGUCUCUUAAUGCCGUCUUCACAGAGUCUUUGCCCUGACACCAUUAUUCCAGUGACGAACCACACCAAAAGAAAAAGGAAUUUUGUUUUCCAGGUUCUUUUUUUCUCCACAAUUGAUGAUUUCAUAUUCAACAAAUCGAGAAACCCAACACCUUGCACCGAUCAAGAAUACAUAUUGAUUAGAGCUUAUACAAGUCGAUGGCCUACAGAGGUUGUACAGAGCACAAAAAAAAUUCUUUGGGAGAGAUGGUUAUACGAUUGGAAAAGUGAUUUUGUAAGGGAAAUGAUGUAUUGUCCAUUAGAUAUCUAGCACAACGAACAGGAACAACCAAUGGAUCAGUUACAUGUGUUUUGUAAACAUUAUGGUAAAAUUUCUUUUCCUUUUGACUAUUAUGAUUCUGUUAGAUAGACAAAAUUAAUUAUAUUUUGAUGACUUAGUUUAUGGUACAUAUGAGAAUACAUAUAUUGUUUGACAGGAGCGAAUAUAAGAUGAGAACAUGGUAUCAUCUUCAUUAUUUCUAAUUCUCUCCUCCAAUGUUACUUUUCUCUGCAUUUUUAUGCAUACUUUUUUUUUUACAAAUGACUUUUCACAUCUUAUGUUUGCUGGUUGUGGACCUUAUCCUUAUGUUUUAACUUUUUUAUUUUAUAUUUUUUGGGUGGUCAUUUCUAUCAAAUGUAGUUUACAGAUACAAGGCUGUGAACCCUUAAAAUUUUCAUAUCCUGGAUGCUCUGUUACUAUUGGUUUGAUUAUGUUAAAUGAAAUUAUUAAA